GGUCGGCCGGUACGUCGGGAGUCAGUCAGUUUGUUGUUGGGUACCCGCGAGGCAGGCAGACCGAUCCGCUGCCCUCAAAACCGGCCGAUUCGGAAUCGGGACCAGUCCCUCAGUGCCCGUCUCUGUGAACGCGAGUGUCGGUGUGUUUUAGAGUGUGUGUAGCGGGGCUUCGCUCUUACGGCCAGCCUCGCCGUCUCGACCAUCUCGACGGCCUAGACAAUGGGAACGCGGCGCGGCGUGUGAAUCAUUCGCCUGUAGUAAAAAGCGAACGACAUGGCCCCGACCAAGGUGGACCCUUCGGACCCCGCGGUGCGCCGCCUCGUGUACAACAUGUACAGGGGCAUGCUGGGCGGCUACAACGACCAGGCCAACAGCAUCGUGGACGCCCUGCCGCCCGAGCGCGUCCGCGAGGACCAGGGCAUUUACAAGCAGCUCGAGAGCAUCAUACGGCAGAGCAGCCAGCAGGCGGGCGAGUCCUUGAGCCCUGACGUCACCGACUCCAGCAAUGGCCCCCCGCCGCCGCCACCACCCCCGUUCGGAGCGCCGCCGCCUCCACCACCACCGGGCCUCGGGGUCGGAGGCAUCCCCAGCAUGCGGAUCAGUUCGGAGAUCGAGAGCCGGGGACGCAGCCCCAAGCCGACGGCGCCGGGUGAGCCGCCGGCGGCCAUCCAGAACGCCAUGAUGACCAAGGACAAGAAGCCCUUCACGUACACCCCCGGCGGCCUGGACCUCUCGCAGAUCCGGUCGCCGCGGAUACAGCGCCGCAUCAACCGCAACAUGGCGGACGAGGGCGUGGGGCCGCUGCCGGCACAGCAGGAGCACGGUCCGCUGCCGCCCGCCGCGCAGGCCGCCAUGCAGCCCAACCUCCCCGUGCAGGUGCUGCCCCCGCCGCCGCCACCGCCGCCGUCAGGGGGCUUCGGCGCCGGCCCCGCGCAGAGCAGGGUAGGGUCCCUCUCGCACUGCACGCUUGCAAGAGAGACGGAGACGCCGCUAACAUGGCCCUGCUCUGAUCCGCAGUUCCCCGCCGCGCCGCAGCCGCCGCCGCCCAGCUUCGCGCCGCCUCUGGGGGGCGCGCAGGCGUCCGUGUCGGCGCAGGCAGUGCAGCAGACGGCCGCCAACCUGAGGCCCACCGGCAUCGCCCCGCUCAGGAGAGAGCCGCAGGCCGAGCCCGGCAGCCUCUACAUCGCCCCGGUGGCGGCGCAGGCCACGGCGCAGCCCAGCCCCGCCCCGCCGGCCGUGUCUCGCGCGCAGCUCGGCUCCCUGUACAUCCCCCCCGUGGCGGACAUGACGGACUCGGCGUCGCCGCCGCCGCCCCCGCAGCGCCAGCACUUCAGCCCGGCGUCCCCGCAGGCCGCGCUCAACAAGGCGCCCACGCCCUGGAUGAGCAGCAACUACCAGCAGCAGCAGCAGCAGCAGCAACAACAGCAGCAGCAGCCGCAGUACAUGCAGCAGGUCCGACAACCACCGUCACCAGCCGCGGCGCAGCCAGGAGCGCGUAUCAUACCGAUCCAGAUCGAGGGCCGCGAGCCACCCCAGCCAGCGAGCCCCCACAGUGGCCCCCACAGCGGGGCCCACACCCCGCAGACGCCCCAGGAGGCGCACCUGUCGCAGUGGCAGCGCGAACAGCAGCUGCGGCAACAGCAGCGCCAACAACAACAGUCACAGCAAGCUCCGUGGAGGACGGUGCAGCAGCCACCCUCCCCCGCGGUGCAGCCGGGCGAGCGAGUCAUCCCCAUCCAGUUCGAGUCCCCCUCCUCCAGCAACGGCACCACCAGCCCGCCAAUCCGGCAGCCCCUCCACCCGCAGCACCCACAGCAACAACAAUUUCAACAGCAGCAACCACAAUUUCAACAGCAGAGACGGCCCAUGGCGCCCAUGGGUGCUCCCCAGCAGUACAACAGCGGUCCAGAGUGGGGCGCGAGUCCACCGCCAGUGCAGUCGCAGUCGUUCCGCGUCCUGCAGAAGAUCACGGGUACGGACCGGGACGACGACAGGGACGGGUCCGUGCCCCGCGACCAGCAGCCCGGCCGCAUGAACGAGAUGAACGCAGCCCAGCUCCGGAAGCUGCAGCUCAACGACGAGGACCGCGCCCUCAUGAACAGGUUCAAAGCGCAGGUGGACGACGAGGUCUACCUGCACCAGGAGGCUGACCCGCGGUACCGAGGCGCGGCCAUCCCGUCCAGGGCCUUCCGGAUGUUGCAGAACAUGACGGGCGAAGACGACGGAAGUGCCCCCAUGCCUAGCCGCAUUUCUCCCGCCGUGCGCGCUGCCCAGCAGGCUGUGCAAGAGAGUGCCAGCCAGCCCUACGUCCCUCCCUCCGAGCAGACGGUGGCCGAGCCUCGCAAGUACACCGGCAGCGCCAUCCCUUCGCGGUCCUUCCGCAUGCUGCAGGCCAUGACGGCGGGCUCGGAGAACUGUGCCGCGAAUGCGUCAGCAAGCCCGCAAUCAGAGCCUAGUUCCGAUGCUUACGGUGCCGAGUACGAUCCGUCCCUGCCCCCCUACCCCUACCCCUAUCCUCCCACAGACGGUCAGUGGACAGACAGCCAGCCCCCCACAGAGGAGCAGCAGCAGCAGUUCUGGGAGCACUACAACGCCAUGUGCGCGUACAUGACCCAGAUGAACGCCGCGCUGGGCUACCCGCCCUACGGCUACGCCUACGACCCCUACUGGGGAGCGGCGCCGCACGCGGCCUACCACAGCGACUCCGAGGACUGCUCGGGGUACUCGUCGACGGACGAGAUGACGUACUACGGCGCCAGGUUCGCGGCGCACCAGCUGCACCCGCCGGACCCGUCGUGGUACGGGUACGCCCCGCAGUGGCCCGCCGCACCGGCCACGCCUGGGACGCCCAGCAUCACCGUCACCACGCCCACCAACGAGGUCGCCGACGACGCUCCGCCGCCACCAGUCUCCGCCACGCUGCAGCACAACAAGACCAUCCUGACGGACGUGGAGGAGCGCAGCGACGAGGACGAUGACGACGACGACGACUCUUCGGACACCGAGGUCGAGGAGGGCGGCGACGACGCGUCGCCACUGCGCUCCGCCCGGUCCGUCACCAACGUGCAGGUCUACAGCGACAGCGGCGACGCCGGUAACGAGGUGUCUGAUGAUGAAGAGGAGGAAGACGACGAUGUCGAGGACGUGGUGAUCCCCGCGACCGAGCAGUACCCGCACCAGCUGAGCGUCAUCCCCGAAGAGAGCGACGCGAGCGACGCCGAGAGCGUGCGGCGCAGGCAGUGCGAACUCAGCACGUCCACGCCGACGGCGGCGAGCGACGACGACGCCACUGACGAUGACCUGGGUGACGAAGAUGACGACGACGCCGAGUCGACGACGGUGACAGUGCGCUUGCCGCUCAAGCUGCACUUCACGCGGUCCGAGAACGACGAGGAGGUGACCACCGUCAUCGUCGGCGAGGUGCGGCGGUCGUCGACGAGCUCCAACGACUCUUCGGCGUCGUCGCCGAGGUCAGAGAAGCAGCGGCCGACGUUCCCCAGCGCGGCGUCGGUCCCGCGACGUGCCUCUGCGGACGCCGGCAGCACGGCGACGAGUCCGAGCACCCCGACGUCCGGCGCCAGCACGGCGUCGUCCGACGUCAGCGUCGUGUUCCCCUUCCGCGCACGCCGGCUCUCCUCCGCCAGCGCCGCGCCCUCCUCCCCCGUCUGCACGAGCAGCACGGAGGAGGACGACAAGGCCAGGAGCAACGAGGAGAGUGACGGACACUGGGAGGACGACUCCAGCAGCACCAGCAUCCAGACGGUGCGGCGCCACGACCAGCACAGCGGCAGCGAGGUCAGUGACGGCCACUGGGAGGACGACUCCAGCAGCACCAGCGUCCAGACGGUCAAGGACGACCAGCAGCAGGACGACCAGGACGACGACGUCGAGGAGGACUUCGAGUGGGGUGAGGACGGCACGCUGCAGACCGUUGUCCGCCGGCGAAGCAGCGCCUUCGAGAAGGACGAGGACGUCGUCGCGCCGCCAGAAAAGGAAGAAGAAAAGGAAGAGGAAGAAGAACGAGAAGAAGAGGGAAUCAUAGCGCCGGCUGCUGAGGACAGCGAGGACGACGACAUCAGUUGCAGCAGCGACAGCAGCAGCACCACCUCCAGCAGCAGUAGCAGUAGUAGCAGCAGUAGGAGCGUCAGCAGCAGGGCCAGCAGUGCCGUGGUGUGCAGCAAGAGCUCGUGCGUGCACACGGGCAGCGGCAGCAGCCUUCGCAGCAGCAGCGCGCGGGGCAGCGUGGAGGCCAUCGCGCCGGUGGCCGCCGCCAGCGUGGACGCCACGGAGGACGAGGACGAGGAGGACGACGAGGAGGAGGAGCUGGAGAGCGACUCUCGGCCCGAGGACGUGGAGAAGUGCGUCCGCGGCCUGAUCGCGCACCUCAGCGCCAGUCCCUCCGGACACCUGCCGCUGCUGAAGCAGGCCGCCAGGGACGACGACGUGCCCUCCAUGCUGACGGACGACAAGGCGGAGCGCAGCGAGGAGGAGGACGACUCGGGCGUCACCUCGGACAUGAGCCGCCACAUCUCGGAGGCGGAGAACGAGGAGGUGGCGGCGGAGACGCGCAGCCGGCCCAGGAAGAUCAGCAAGUACCAGCGCGCGCAGACACACUCGCGGCUCUUCCGCCUGCUGCAGGACGAGAGCCUCAACACGCCCGUGGCCGAGGAGCCGCCGCCGAACCCCGAGCUGGGCAUGCUGGCCAACCGCAAGGAGUGCCUGACGCUGCCGCUCGGCGCGGCGCUUAGGGACCCGGACAGCGUGUCCCUCUCCUCGUCCUCCGGCAUCACCUCGCCGUCGUCGCCCACCGUCACCGACAGGCUGGUGCGCGACCUGGUGCAGACGCUGCUGCAGCGCAAGAAAGGCCGCCGCCUGCGCAAGGUGCCCAUGGCCAAGCUGCAGGCCGCCGCGCUGCGCAUCCUGCAGGAGGACAUGGACCCCUACGACACGUCCACGUCGGAGGAGGGCGGCAGCGGCCUGCUGCAGUCGCCGUGCCAACGAGUGCCGCCCGCGCACGGCGCCUACGGCCAGGAGUACACCAGCUACUACGAGACCUGGGGCCAGUGCGAGGCCGACGACCUGGCCGACUACGACAUCAUGCCCUCCAGGGCGUUCCGGCUGUUCGACCAGCACGCGCGGCCCUCGGGCUUCAGCCCCGGCGUCAUCGAGGGCCUGCGCGCCAAGUGCCCCCGCGUGCGGAGCGGCAAGGACCUCCACAAGGCCCUGCAGCUCCUCGACGACGACUGCCUCCCCGCCCCGCCCCCCGCCUCCGACGACCCCUCCCCUCCCCGUGACGGUCUCGGCACCGCGGCGUCCGGUAGUGACGGCAUCUGAUCUUUUCUCACUGGAAGACGGGAUGACAGUGGGGGAAUCUUCCAAUCGUGAUAUUUUGACGGUCUUAAGUCCUAAUCCAAGUCGCAUAGAAAGGUUUGCUCAAGAAAGAUCCGGAUACAUCAGACUUGUAGACGGCUGGCUGCGGGUGAAAUAACUUCGUUUAUGUUUGACAUAUACUAAGCACAGCAAAACAGAAGAGCAGCACACACUACAAUUUUUUUUUAAAUGUUGCUCUUCUUAUUUUGGCUAAAACUAAGUUUUGUGGUUCACUAUACACCGGCAACUGUACAAAAGCCAAGUCGUUUUUCUCCCUCAACUUUGAUGUAAUUGGAUAUUUUGCUAUUUUUGAUUUUAUUUCCGGUGUCUUCUUUGAACAUGUGUGCUGAGUGAUGAGUUUAGGCGAAAACAAAGACACUCUUUAGCGACAAUCUGAUUGUUGCGACUGAGCGCUGUUUGGAGUGGGUUUGUGGACCCACGCCCUCGAAACAAGAAAUGGUUUGUCAGGGCGAAUGCUUUUGCAAGUAUGUUAAUCCAAUUAAUUCUUAGGAGUUUUAAUUUUUUUAAUACCAAAACCAUACGAAUUUUAAUGUAAUAUUGCAACAAAAUAUGUUUCUAUACACUGUGCCUUAUGAUACUCUGUUAUUUAUUUGUCUUGUUACGUGUUUAAGGAAACUGAGAUUGUGCGCGCCCGUUUCAUUGAAAAAUAUUUGAAUAAACUGGUGCCUCAAUACCGAA